UCGAUUUCUUUCUCUCUCUCUCUCUCUCUCUCUCUCUUUCUCUCCGAAGGAUCGAGGCCCGAAAUCUCACGCUUUCUCUCAACUCACGACGAGCUCUAUAGUACCUCGCCGGCCAUCGAUCGCCGCCGACGGGCGAGAAGAACGAGCUAUCGAGGAGCCAUCGGAGAAUGAGAUGAAGGAGGGGAUGAUCGAGACGGAAAACUAGAGAUCAUCGUUGUGGAAUCAUGGCUUCAUCGUCGUCUUCCUUCAACGCGCAGUCGCCGGGGCUAAAGACGUAUUUCAAGACUCCCGAAGGGCGAUACAAGCUCCAGUACGAGAAGACUCACCCUGCUGGCCUCCUCCACUACUCCCAUGGCAAGGCUGUGUCUCAGUUGACGAUCGCUUAUCUGAGAGAGAAGCCGGCGGCGCAGCCGCCGGCGACGCCGACGACACCGGGUUCUGGAGGUGGGGUGCGAUCGGCGGCGGCGAGGUUUCUUGGCGCCGGGAAUGGGAGCCGGGCGCUGAGCUUUGUUGGCGGGAAUGGAGUGAACCGAGGGGUCUCGGGGAGCGCGAGGAUCGGAGGGUCUGUUGGAGUCUCUGUGGGAUCGAGUGGCCCGUUUGCGAGUUCGAAUUAUGAUGGAAAAGGGACUUACUUGAUCUUCAACGCCGGGGACACACUAUUCAUCAGCGACCUUAAUUCACAUGACAAGGACCCGAUUAAGUGUAUUCACUUCAGUAAUUCCAACCCUAGCUGCCAUGCUUUCGAUGCGGAUGCUAUUGAUGGGCAUGAUUUACUCAUUGGCCUGCAUUCUGGAGAUGUUUACUCGGUAUCAUUGAGGCAGCAGUUGCAGGAUGUUGGGAAGAAGCUUGUGGGAGUUCAGCAUUACAACAAAGAUGGGGCAAUUAAUAACAGUCGAUGCACUUGCAUCUCAUGGGUUCCGGAAGGUGAUGGGAUAUUUGUUGUUGCCCAUGCUGAUGGAAAUCUAUAUGUGUAUGACAAAAGCAAGGAUGGUGCUACUGAUUGUUCCUUUCCGGUGGUCAAGGAUCAAACACAAUUCACAGUUUCACAUGCCAGAUCUAGUAAGAGCAAUCCCAUUGCUAGAUGGCACAUUUGUCAAGGUUCAAUCAACAGUAUUUCUUUCUCCACAGACGGAACACAUUUAGCAACUGUUGGCAGAGAUGGUUAUUUAAGAGUAUUUGAUUAUUCAAAAGAGCUAUUGAUAUGUGGAGGGAAAAGUUAUUAUGGUGCUUUGCUGUGCUGUGCAUGGAGCCCGGAUGGGAAAUAUAUAUUGACGGGUGGUGAAGAUGAUUUGGUACAAGUUUGGAGCAUGGAAGACUGGAAGCUAGUGGCAUGGGGGGAAGGGCAUAAUUCAUGGGUUAGUGGAGUGGCUUUCGAUUCUUAUUGGUCUGUGCCAAAUUCAGAUGGGACCGGAGAAAAUGUGAUGUAUCGCUUUGGUUCAGUUGGCCAGGAUACCCAAUUGCUUCUAUGGGACUUGGUAAUGGAUGAAAUUGUUGUCCCAUUACGUUGCUACCCAUCUGGUGGGUCACCUACUCUUAGCAGUGGAAGUCCUUCAGCACAUUGGGACAGUAUCGUCCCUAUCGGCACCCUUCAACCAGCCCCAAGCAUGCGAGAUGUCCCAAAACUUUCACCUGUAGUUGCUCACCGUGCCCACGUAGAACCUCUGGCUGGCUUGAUCUUUACUCAGGACUCUGUUCUAACAAUCUGCAGGGAGGGACAUAUUAAGAUCUGGGUGAGACCCAUUCAAGGAGAUAGCAGCCAAUCAAAUGCUUCUGUUACCGCCCUUGGUUCGGACGGUUCAAUAGAUAUGCUUGUCACAACAUCUGCCAGAUCAAUUGGUUCUAAUUACAAGCAACCACCACCCAUUCUUUUGGCAGACUGAAGGCAUAUUGCUCCAGGUUCCGGACUUUUGACACAUGCAUAGCAUUCAUAGUCACUGGCCCCCUUCAAUCCCGGUGACAAAUCUUCGUGGUUUUGACGUGUUUUUUGUGCUUGGAAAAAGGUUAGGAGCAACAAGCGAAGCAACCGAGGUUUUUACGCCAUAAGAUGUGUUCGAUUGCAGCAUGUCGGCUCUUGCCAUUUGUGUGGCAGCAAAAAGAAAAUAAUCAAACUUGUUCAUGUAUAGAGUUAUAUAAGAUUUUAACCUCAGUGUUUUAGUGCUUUUCUUUUUGGCUCAUGCUAAAUAACAUCUCUUUAUUAGGGGUAGUACAAAUGUGCUUUAUUUUUUAUUUUUGCCUGAUGACACAGUUAAAUUUGUUUAUCUUGAUUGCAUUGGAAGACUUGGGUGGGCUCACUACUA